ACUCCCUCCCCACGCAUCUUUCAGGACAAGGACAAGAUCAAUGUCAACGUCAACAUUUUAUCAGAACGCAACAGUGUGAGUGUAAGUACUCUUCAUUGCCUUACCAAACCCAGACUGCAUAAAGGCUGUACGCUAACUUAAAAACAAUGGUGGACAAAAAGCUUGUUCCUUGGGUUUUUCUAAAGUGGGUUCUCACUGUGUCAGGGAUGCUCUGUGAAUUGCAUGAUGACCCACGGUGUGACAUGAGCACCAAUGGAGCUGCCUGAGUGUCAAAGCUCACUCACAGACCUGACCUGAGAUACACUCCCAACACAUCUGACUCAACACAAGGCUCACAGUCACAGGCAACACGUCACUGAGGCAUUGAACAGAGACCCAGGAUUUCCUCCUUACCUUUUCUCCUCCCUAUGUCUCUGGCCCUAUCUUCCUCUCACUCCUUCUCUCUCUCACUGUGUGUAAGGAUUAGCCAGAGGUGUUUGCAGGAGAGAGCAUCAAUCCUCUUGAGUUGUUGAUAUUCAUUUAUUCACACCCAUCUGUCUCCUAUCCUCCUUUCUCUCGCCAUCCUAAUCCCCCUCACUUCCUUUCUCCUCUCCUCCGCUGCACUCAUUUACACCGUUCCAAUCCCUCCCUCUCUUCUUUCCUACUAACCUCUAAGUCUCUAUUCCCACUACAAGAUAUGAAGGAGAGUCUGAGGAGCGGGUUUGGCGAAAGAUAAUUCUACUUUUCAAUUCACAUUACGUCAUUGUCUUACCUUUCAUUGUGGCUGGUAACAUUCUUGGUCCGCAGCUCAAAUUGACCGUAAAUAUCACAGUAGCCACUAGCCAGUAAGCACAAACUAUUCAACAAUGACAGAAACUUCUUUUCUAAAACAUAUUACACUAUUGAAUAAUGCAACCAAACCAUAUUACACUCUUGAAUAAUGCAACAAGUCACAAGCAUGUAUGUGCAGACAAUUAAAGGCUUUAGUUUCUCAUCUAUAGGCUACACUCAUUACAUUUGAGCUUCAAGACAAAAGCACAGAGUUACUAUAACAGUCUUCAUCAAGUAACGUUAGCCUAUCAAAAAUGAAUGAUUAACCCUCUCACACGAAUAGAAAAAGUACAGUAGGCCUACCUUUCAACAAACCAGGCUUCAUUUUUAUUAAUAUCAUGUAAAUCAUUACAUGUGGGGAAAAGCAAAUUGCGACUGAAAACGUAGGUAUAAGUGAAUUCACCACGACGAGCUGUUUUAUAUGGAAGCCCAUGCCCGCCACCAAAAAGAUUAAUAAAAUAAAAUGCUGCAUGAUUUGCCAACGUGCACAAUUAGUCUGUGAUUCAGUCUGAUCAACUGUAGCCUACUGAUAACAACCACAGCUGCAGGUAGCCUGGAGAAGCCUAGGCGCUCUCCCAUCUGGGCCUGGCCAGGGGAAACGUAACGUCAUGUUUUUGUAGCCUAAAAUAGGCCCAUUUAUUUGUAUUCUGAGAAAAUGUGAAUUUGAUCAAAUGUGGUUUACAUUCACACUUCGGGUGGCUAGGCGACCUAGGCCUUUUUAAUCCACAAUUAUUGACUGGAAUUAAUCAAUCGUAAGCUAUAAAAACAAAGACAGUCGCUCGCACACUCCAUAUAUAUCAACUCCCAGUAAUUGAUUGGGUAAAACACCAACGUUUCAGCAUCACUGUGCCUUCUUCAGGGUAAUAUCAUGAAUGCUUGAAGCAUGUUAUGUAGACAAACAGUGCAAGUAGUGCAACCAAUGACAAUAGUGAGGGGUGUGUCAUAGUUAUUAGGUUGAAUUAAUCAAUCAACACAAUAGUGAUGACAUACUGUAUGAGUGUCUUUUUAAUUACACAUGCAAAGACCUAACGAUGAAACCCUGCAUACAGCCAGCUCAGACCCGUUCGUUUUUUUGUCAGAUCGCAAUUGUUGUCUCUUUGUCUGUGUAAAGGGUUUUAAUGUUUUCAUCCUCCCUAGGACUAGGGAGUUUUUCCAGUAGUAAAAAACAACAACAUAUGACCUGAUUAGAAAAGUAAUCUGGUCCCAUCAUAGCCCAUAUCAUAGCCCAUAUAAAACAGCUUUUUUUUUUUACAGCUGAUUUAUUACUAUGUCAUACGAUGCAACUGGGGUCCGGAGUUGGUUAGGUUAGCCUACUAACAGAUCAGGAAAAACUUUAGGUCCCAGGAAAACAAUUUCCCCCACACCACUCUAGGACCUGUGGUGCCACCUCUGAAAUCACCACACAAUGUUACAAAUGAAAAAACACAUCCUAUUUGUAUGAUCUACAUUUUACAUGUUUUUGGUGGUGGGGAUCGGCUUCAUAGUUUUAUGUGGCUCAGUGCAGCCGGCAGCUACUGCGACAAUUUCAGAGAUGUAACAGGCUGUUACUGCAAUUUCAGGUAAAAACUAAAUAAAACAAGUCUCAAAUAUUAGGAAAAUGUCUAUACAUUUCAGCUGUUUCAAAACCAUUGCUCUGCUAUUACCAUUUAUACUGUAGGAGAGUUGGCUCAAUGAGACAAUAAUUUUUACACUGCCCUGCUUCAAGGGGGGCAACUGUCGGGCGAGUGUCGUGCACUACCUCUGGAGGUAGCGGUCGAGACGUAGCAAGUAUGCAAGUUUACAUUUGAGUAAUGUGUGUAGCUGACAGUAUUUUUACGACUAGUGUAUUAAGUGUGAAGAGGCUGUAAGCCUCCCUCCAUCUGAGUGCAGGUUCAAGAUGAUCCUCUGUAACACUUCUCACUCUGUUGAUCCAAUACCAUGACUAAGACUCUCACCAUUAUUUCUAAUGAAAAAUAUGCUGACACCUUUGGAUUCUGAAUUCAACACCUAAGUAAAAAAAAAAAAAAAGGUUUAACGCUGAGUUGCUUUUUGUGUCUGUUAGGAAGCUCACUGCUAAUAAUGUCUCUUCCAAACUUGAUUUUCUAAUCCAAUUUUCUAUCACACUUAGUUCUACCAAGCAGAUACAGCAUGCACAAUGUGCGGUAGUUACCUGCAAGUUCUGCUCCCUCUAUUUUAAAGUAACUGCCCAGUGUUUCCAGAUUUCUAUGAAAUAGAAAUAAGCUUUUCUGUGUUGGAAUGUUGUGGGCGUAUACCGGUCAUUAAAAAUAUUAAUGCGAGUAGAGUGCUGAUUGGCCAGCUCAUCCUCCUCAGGGAGGUGACAUCAUGUUCUAUGAGGAAAUAGCAAGCAUUUUUUAAACGGUCAGUUUGAGAUACAUAUUUGAGUUGGGGUUUUUGACGUGUUUUUCUCCAAUUUAUGCUUUUGCCAGAAAUACGAGGAUAGGACAAGCAUUAUUUGGAUAUGAAUUAACAGAAUAUGAACUUUUAAAAGUGAGAUUUUCACUUUAAUACCGAAUUAUUUAUUAUAUUACAUCCCCUCUGUCUUUCAGGUGGAGGACAGUGAGGAAGAGGAGGUAGAGGAAGAAAGCCAGGAAUUCAACGUUAUCCCACUGUAUUCUGAGAAGGAGAAGUCUAGUGUGGGCUCCGGGACCCGAGGGGGCCAUAGAGGAGCGGCAGGCCACACAGCACCCAUGCUGCCCCUGCUGCUGCUGCUGCUGCUGCCUGCUUCUAUGCUGGGCUGGGGGUGU